GAACCUAGACAGGAUUUACCUCGACCAUACAAAUGUCCCCUGUGUGACAAGGCUUUUCACCGUCUGGAGCACCAGACUCGUCAUAUCCGGACACAUACCGGCGAAAAACCUCAUGCAUGCCAGUAUCCGGGUUGCUUGAAACGCUUUUCCCGCUCCGACGAAUUGACUCGUCACUCGAGAAUUCACAACAACCCCAACUCCCGGAGAGGGAACAAACAACAUGCCGCCGCUGCUGCUGUCGCUGCCGCGGCUCAAAACUCGGGGAUGGAUGCGAAUGGAAUCCCACGCAUGAUGCCGCCUCCGCCGAAAACGAUCUCUCGUUCCGCUCCACCGUCGAACAUCGCAUCUCCCGACGUCUCUCCUCCGCACUCCUUCGCAUCGUAUGCAUCCAAUGCCGCUGGCUUCUCCCAUCUCAACCGGCCUCACGGAUCGCAGAGCCAAGGGAACAGCCCGAAUUCUAUGCAACGACAUCUCGACAUCAACAUGCUUGCAACUGCUGCUUCGCAAGUAGAACGGGAUGGAAGAACCAAUGCAGGCUCGACUUCCCUCUACUCACUCUCCUCUUCCUCUCGUCCGACCUCUCUUGCACAGUACGCAUACAGCUCGCACUCAAGUCAACACCCUUCGACCGCCCCAUCCUCACAGCCGAUGUCCCGGUCGCACUCGCAUGAGUACGAUCCCCAUCCAUUCCCCACACUCGACCCCUAUGCGCACCGAAGCAAGCGAUCUCGCCCGUCGUCUCCUUACUCCACCGCCCCUCCAUCCCCCUCUUUCUCUCACUCCUCGACAUCUCCGACCCCCGACCACACUCCGCUCGCCACGCCCGCCCACUCACCCCGCCUGCGUCCAAACUACCACUACAACUUCCCUCCGAACGAAGCGCUCACACUGCCGACCAUCCGCCACCUCUCCCUCCAGCACCAACAUCCUCCCGGGUCUAAUCCUUCGCACCUCCAUCCGAGCAGCACGUCUCCAUCGCAGCCGGCUGGCACCAUAGGCAUGUCGAUCAGCGAGAUCAUCGGGCGAUCGGAAGGCAGUCAGAGGAAAUUGCCAUUACCC